CCUGUCCCUCCGUCUUACAGGAAAUUCUAUUACAUCACGUUGCUAAGAGACCCCGUGUCGCGAUAUCUCAGCGAGUGGCGACACGUGCAGAGGGGCGCCACAUGGAAGACCUCACUGCACAUGUGCGACGGGCGGACGCCCACUCCAGAGGAACUUCCCGCCUGCUACGAGGGCUCUGAUUGGUCAGGAUGUACCUUGCAGCAGUUCAUGGACUGCCCGUACAAUCUGGCCAACAACAGACAGGUCCGCAUGCUGGCAGACCUGAGCCUGGUGGGCUGCUACAACAUGUCCACGGUACCAGAGAAGAAGAGGGCUCAGCUGCUCCUGGACUCGGCCAAGAAGAACCUGAGGGACAUGGCCUUCUUCGGCCUGACGGAGUACCAGAGGAAGACCCAGUUCCUGUUCGAACGGACCUUCCGCCUGCGCUUCAUCCGGCCCUUCAUGCAGUACAACAGCACGCGGGCGGCCGGCGUGGACCUGGACAACACCACGGUCCAGCGCAUCGAGGAGCUGAACGAGCUGGACAUGGAGCUGUACGACUACGCCCGGGACCUGUUCCAGCAGCGCUACCAGUACACCCGGCAGCAGGAGCGCCGCCUGCAGCGCCUCCGCAACCACAACCAGAACCACCGCCAGGGCCUGGCCGUGGGCCUGUGGCCCUCCUCCCGCGCCCGCCAGACCUCCGCCGGGCCCGGCCUGGGGGAGGGCGAGGGGGACAGGGACGAGCUGGAGGACGGGGGGAGGACGGAGGAGACGGGGCCCAGGCUGCCCACGGAGGACUACAUGAACCAGAUCCUCAACCGCUGGUAGCAGGAGAACACACACACACACACAUCCCCGGGCUCUCACAGCAGGCCUGACACACGACAGACUCUGACUGACUGGAUGGACGGACGGACGGUUUUGAGGGAGAAGGGGGGGGGGGUUAGACGUGGGGACGGGGCGGGGACUGAAUGCCCCUGGAUUCCCCCCCCCCACCCAUGUUCUGCUCUCGUUUGGAGGUUGACCUAUGUUGACAUUCACCCACACCCCUACCUCGCCAGACAGGAAGAAGAGGGGACUUGGAGAAGUGCUGACGACCAACUGUCAUCCCUCUGUCCUUGUGUCUGCAUCCCCCUCUCCCUAGUCUCUUUCUGUCAGCGGCCUGAUAUACAGCCCGAGUUAAGGUUUGGGACCACUCAGUCCCUCGCGAGGGCAAUUUCCUUGGACGUAACACACCAACCAGAGAGAAGCUUGGGACUCUCAGACAGUAAGAAGGUCCUGUAUGGGCGAAGCUGACUCGCUGACUCGCUGAGUUUUAAAAUAAUAUGCUAUAGAACACAGACUUUACCUUUUAAGGGAGUGUUGAACGACAUUCUGUAAAAAAUGCCUUUUUGCUUAUAAAGGUCCACCUACAUUUCAACUAUGAAUCUGGUUCUGUCACGAAGGGUGAUUAGCAUCCUCAUUUUAGGACAAUGAUGUUUUAUUUAGUUUGAUGCUUUUUUUAAAGCAGAAUUGUUAUAACACUGAGACCAAUAUUGCUGCCUAAAAGAAAAGAAUAAUUCCUUUUCUUUCUUUUUUUUUCGCCAUUGUGUUUUUCUGUUUAUAAAUCAAUUAUAAUCGACGAAUGGACGUACAAUGGACCAUAGCCAUUACCGAAGCCUUCUAAUAUGGAAACACACCUGUUCCCCAGUUCUGCAUCUGUUUUCACAGCGGACCCUCCAACUGUGACACAGGCAGGGGGGGGUUCUCUCCAACGUAGCCUAAUCUGGCAACAUGGCUGCAUUAGAACAAAGAAGAGACCAGGCUGUUCCACGGCCCAUCCCACUGAUCAGACAAAUGUUAGAGCUGUGAAUUCUAGAGCUAGGCGGUUGCCGUGGAGCUGGUUGGCUCCUUUGGAUGGCCGGUCAGAUGGUCCUCCUCAAGCCACAGGGUUCAACAGUCAGGGAGGGGGGGGAGGGGGUCCCACAGUCAUGGCUAGGAUCUGGAGCUAUCCCUUGAUAUGUCUUUUAAAAGUAGCUCUGUGCCCCAAGUGUGAGAGGGAGUGGGGGAGUCACCUGACUCUUAAGGAACAGAUAGCAUGGAUGUCUGGGGGCAGGCUAGUAGUGCCUAAGACCUUAGAUUAUACCACCAUUUCCCUGUAGACUACUUGUGUGCAAGUAUGUGUGUGUUUGUGUGUAUGCGUGUGUGUGGGCAUGUGUUAGCGCUAAUGUGUAUGUGUAUAUACCAUAGUAUGUACAGAAUGCGUCUGUUAGCCAUGUGUGUAUGACUGUAAAUAAGCGUGUCUGAGAGGCAAUUAUUUUUUUAUAUUUUUUGGGAGGGACUGACAGGUUCCAUGACCAAUAGCCUGCCAUUAGAGGGGCGGAGGUGAAGCUGAUUGGAGCCGAAUGUUGACCCCACAGCUCCCAGUGAUGUCACAUAGUGAAUAAUAUAACUAGCGUCUAAUGGGGCUGUUCAUGUAGCUGAAUACAGUUCAUACUCCAGGAGGAAUAAUCACUUCUUGUGCAAUUUGGCCCCUUCAAUUUAUUCUUGAGGUGAAGGUGGAGAGAAGGAUACACAAAAAAGGUUUUAGGUAGAUUAACCUGAACCUCUCCCAGAACCGGUUCAUUCUGCUACCCAGUCCAACUCUUAACUGGAUAGAGUCAGCAAAUGCUGGUUCUGGACCAAUGGUGAGGGAUAACUGGUGCCAGUUCAACCCAGCUAUGCCCGAUGCAACUGCAAAAGCUACAAUUUAAGUCCUUUCCUUUCAAAUGAUUCCAUUUCAUACUGUAUACUGUAAACUGUAUUGUUGAGGAUUUUCAUAUCUUAAAACUGAUGUCUUAAACAUUUGCUUCAUGAAAAUGAACUUUAUUGCCCCUCCCCUCUCACAUCGUUGAAGUUUUCUACACUGUGUGUCUCUGAACAAAAAAGUGAAACAGAUUCAUGUUUGUGGUGUACGGACGCCAUCAUGGCUCUCUCUUCAAAGCAGCAUUCUUGACAUGUUUCUAAUCAUUGCAAAAAUGGAUCAUCAAGCCACCAAUAAAAGAAAUGUACUUUUUAAUGA